GGGCACAGAAACGAGCCAUUGUCCCCAUGCUGCCUGCCUGGCGCCAGCCGCCACUGUGACCACGUUGCAGCCAGCAGCACUCGUGCCAUGGCCGGGCUGGUAGGGACAGCAGCAGCCCUGGUCCUCCUCUGCCUGGCCGUGGGGCUGGAGGCCAGCCCGGAGCUCUCUGGGUACCUGCGCAAGGUACUGAGGAACCACACCACGCACACAUGUGAUGGGGAGCAGCUCCUCAUCGUCUGCCCUCACAGGACCACCAUCAGCAUCCUCGGAGCCUUCUACGGGCGUCGCGUGCCCAGCCCCAACCUCUGCCCCAGCCCUGGCAAUGACUCCCAGGAGAGCACUGAAUGCAUGUCCACCACAGCCCACCUGAAGCUGCUGGCUGAGUGUCAGGACCAGCAGUGGUGCCAGUUCUCAGUGCACAGCCAAGUCUUUGGGCCAGACCCGUGCCCAGACACACACAAGUACCUCAUUGUUUCCUACAAAUGCCGGCCAGGGAACCAUCGGGUCAAAACUGUGUGUGAAAAUGACAAGCUGAGGCUGCAGUGCCGACCAAAAUCCGUGCUGGCCAUUUAUUCUGCCAAUUAUGGACGAUUCCUGCGGGGGAAACCAGAGUGUGAUGCCCUGAACACUGUGGGGCCCCAUAUAGAGUGCUUGGCUCCGGAUGCCCUGCGGAGGGUCUCCAGGAAGUGCCACCGCAGGGGGAACUGCACAGUGGCUGCUGACCAGGCCACUUUCGGGGAUCCAUGCCUCCCUGGCACAAAGAAACAGCUACGAGUGUCCUACACCUGCGUGCCCAAGCAGCUGCUGGAGGAGGUGGGCCCUGACACCUCGGACCCCUUCCUGCUCUCGGACUACAUGCACGGUGGCUGGUACAAAGGGCCCAGGUUCUCCAGGCUCCGGGAAGACCGGAUGAUUUUUACUAGCACUCUGGCAGCUUUUGCCCACCUCUGGGGCGUCCCAGAGAAAGUUGGUCUUUACUUUCUUUGUGGGGUCUCCGGAGGCCUCAUGCUCCUGCUGUGCAUUGUCAGCCCCAAAACCACCUUCCUCCAGGAGGUGGGGGAGGCUCUCAGAGACCCAGAGCUGGGAAGCAGCUCAGAGCUGGGCAGGACCAAGCUUCAGGAUGAGCAGGAUGAAGACCUUCCCGAUGACAGCUCUUCGGACUCCUCCUUCCGCCGCCUCACCCGCACCUACCGUGCCACCGACAGCAUCUUCAGCCCUGAGCUGACGGCAGCCAUGGAAGGAGCGGUGGAACACCAGGGCUGUGGCGGGGAGGAGAUCUGGAUGCCGAAGGAGUCAAGCCCAUAUGCCAUCCACAAGAUCAAAUCGGCCACCAAAUGAGAACUGGAAGAAAAUGAAGGGAGAGCAAUGUGGGGGUGGAGGCUGAGUGGGACCAAACAUGGGAGAGAUGGAGUUUGUGCUCCUCAGGGUG